AUGGAGUCGGGUUCAGUGAGAUCUAGUCUCUCUGUGGCACAGGCCAUAACCUCCAGAAGUUCCUCAUAUGUGGGGCAUGCAGGCUGGGAAGACUCAUCAGCUUCUACACCUUCUGCCACCUCACCUCGACGCUCAAGGGUCCUGAGCAGCAGGGUGCAGACGCUGGCCCCAUUUCCCUCGAGAAAAGGGACAAACAUGAAUACAGUGAGUAAUUUGAGAAUUGUUCUGCUAGGAAAGAAUGAAUCAGAAAACAGCCGAUUGGGAAACAUUAUAUUGGAUACAACAGCAUUUAGCAGUGAUGCUCCAUCUUAUUUACAGCAGCACAGUGUGAGAAUCAGUGGAGAGGUGGAGAAGAGACACAUCACAGUCAUCAACACUCACCUGCUCCAGCCGAAUCUCUCAGAGGAUCAGAUAAUAGAGGCAGUGAGAGAGUGUGUGUCUCUGUCUGCUCCAGGACCUCAUGUGUUUGUACUCGUAAUGCAGUAUAAUGACUUCACUGAGAACGACAGAAACAGAGUGAAAUAUGUGCUGAACCUCUUCAGUGAGCAGGCCAUGAAACAUACUAUAGUGCUGACUACUGAUGAAGAGACACGCGGAUUCAUAUUCAGAUAUAGGAAUAUCGCUAUUCAUGAUUUAAUAAAGGAGUGUGAAGGAAGACAUCUUCAGUUUGAUACAAGCAACCCAGGAUGGCCAUCAGAGUUGUUCAGAAAGACAGAGGAGAUACUCAAGAAAGAACGUGAAGAUUUUCUCAUUGGUAACAUGUAUGAGGAUGGAGGUGAUGGAUCAUCAGUGGAUGAAGAUCUAAGCAGAUCUGGAGCUUCAGUCAGAGAUGACAAUGAAGAGGAGGAUCCUGAUCUUAAAGAGUGCACAAAAACAGGACGCGGUGGAGGAGUUACAGUGAAAGCAGAAAUUAAAGCAUAUGGUUGA